CAGAUGAAGAUUCCAAACGAGCCCAAAAAGCAAUAUCGAUCCAUCGGGACAAUCUUUGGAAAAACCAUAGCAACUUAAACAUUAUAAGCGUUAGUCCUGUGAUAUACCGGAAUAAUGGUGCAGACAUCAUCAAUAAAACAUGUAUCGUACUACACUGUAGUACAAAAGGUGUAGUACCACUGGGAGAACCUGAGUUCCCAACGCAGUUAUACAUAGGAGAGGACGAUUCGAUAGAUGUUGAUGUGCAUGAAGGCUAUUUCAAACGUGGUGCAUAUAGUUCACUACCAAGUAAUGUCCCCCAUACCCGUCUCAAAAUGGGUUGUAAUAUUGGACGACUCACCCCAGAGUAUGACGCACAUGGAAAUCCCCUCCAAAACAUUAGUGGCACACAAGGUCCAUUUGUUGCGUUCAAUAACAAGAUCGGCUUUCUUACUUGCGCUCACGUACUGUUUGAUAUCCCCAUGACCAAACAAUCUGUGGAUUUCCAACAUACUGGGAACACUAAAAUUGAAGUCGUACAACCUUCCGUGGAUGCAACAACGUCCAAUGGAGUAGCAUGUGGACAUGUUUACAGAGCAAUUUUCAAUCCACAACUAAUACCAAGCGUUGAUGUCGCUGUCGUGGAAUUGACUGACUUUAAUAGGAUCCCCAGUAAAGGCCAAUUCUCCAACGCUUACCGCAGUAGCUAUUUGGAUGCAGGGUUCGCCGAGCUUCCAGAGUACAACAGUGGAUCAGUUCAGACUGAUUUGCAACAAAUCUCUUCAUCACAAACACUGGUCAAAUUUGGCAGCUCCAGUGACGUCACCAGGGGAACACUUCGCGUUUGUGGAGUGGAUGUAAGACAGAUGACGACACCGCUUGGUUUGCCUAGAGAUAGAGGACAGGCCCAAAUGAUCAACCAGUAUCAAGUGUGCGGUUCUUAUCCAAGCCUGCAAUUUUUCCUGGACGGUGAUUCGGGUUCAGCAGUAUUUAUGAACACGCCUAAAACUAAUGAUUUACAAUUAAUCGGAAUGGCUAUAGGAUGUACGUAUGUGGAAAAAAGUCCAUUCUUUGCAGCAGUUGUAACACCUAUUGAUGCUAUAUUGAGUGCGCUAGGUCCACAAUAUAGCAUUGCCUCGUUUUCGUGAUUAAAUAUCUCCAACAUUCCUUCCUGCAAUUUGUUUUGCUAGGACAGUAAAUCACGUUCAAAUCAAUAUUUAUUCGUUACAUUUUGUGAGUGUUUGACCGCUUACUAUCAAAUUUAACAGUCUAUGUUUCCAUUGAGUUAUUAUGGAAUAUUACUACAUUUUAUGUAUGCAAUCUGCAGUUUAUGUAUAUUUUCUUUAGGUUAUGUACGUAAUCUACAUUUUGUGUAUGUAAUAUUCAGUUUGUGUAUUUAAUAUUCAGUGUGUAUAUUCUUAAGUUUGUGUAUGUUACCUACUCUUUAUGCAAAUAAUCUACUUUUCAUGUAGGUUAUAUAUAGUUUGUGCAUAUAACCUCAAAUUUAUGUAUGUAAUCUUCAGUUUAUGUAUAUAAUCUACAGUUUGUGUAUGCUAUCUACAGUUUAUGUAUAUAAUCUACAGUUUGUGUAUGUAAUAUUCAGUUUGUGUAUGCAAUAGUCAGUUUGUGUAUAUAAUCUGCAGUUGUUUAUGUAAUAUUCAGUUUAUGUAUGUAAUCUACGGUUUAUGUGUGUAGUUUACAGUUUGUGUUUGUAAUCGACAGUUUCUGUAUGUAAUAUUCAGUUUGAGUAUAUAAUCUCAGUUUUUUCAAUAUAAUCUACAGUCUGUGUAUGCAAUCUACAGUUUGUGUAUGUAAUCUACAGUUUGUGUAUGUAAUCUACAGUUUGUGUAUGGAAUCCACGGUUUUAUUUAUAUAAUCUACAGUUUGUGUAUAUAAUCUACAGUUGUUUAUGUAAUUUUCAGUUUAUGUUUGUAUUCUUAAUAUUGUGUAUGUAACCAACUCUUUAUGCAAAUAAUCUACUGUUCAUGUAUGGUAUCUACAGUUUGUGUAUAUAAUGUCCAUUUUUUUUACAUGUAAUCUACAAUUUGUGAAUGCAAUCUAUAGUCCGUGCAUAUAAUCUACAGUCUAUGUAUGUAAUCUACAGUUUUUGUAUGUAAUAUUCAGUUUGUGUAUGUAAUAUUCAGUUUGUGUAUGUAAUAUUCAGUUUGUGUAUAUAAUCUGCAGUUAUUUAUAUAAUAUUCAAUUUAUGUAUGUAAUCUACGGUUUAUGACGUAAUUUACAGUUUGUGUUUGUAAUCUACAAUUUCUGUAUGUAAUUUUCAGUUUGUGUAUAUAAUCUACAGUUUGUGUAUAUAAUCUACAGUUUGUGUAUGCAAUCUGCAGUUUGUGUAUAUACUGUAAUUUACAGUUUGUGUAUGAAAUCUACAGUUUGUGAAUGUAAUCUACAGUUUGUGAAUGUAAUCUACAGUUUGUGUUUGCAAUCUACAGUUUGUGUAUGUAAUCUACAGUUUGUGUAUGUUAUCUACAGUUUGUGUAUGUUAUCUACAGUUUGUGUAUGUAA